AUGGAUAGAGUUUAUUUUACCCGACAUUAUCCACCGUUCACUACUUUUUACCGCAAAGAUCUGACAUCUUCUGGAGGGCCGGAGACUUUGUUCAAACUGUCUGACCUUUUCGUGACACAAUGGUUGGCUGUUUCGGAUACGUACAAGAUGUUUGUGUUUGUAUACGAAGGACUCGAUCCUGUCAUGCUGGUCUACGACCUUCAAACAGGUUUCGUAUGCUCAACACCGUCCGCCGAUAUGCACAUCGUAAGUUCCACCAGAUGACCAUUUUGGCGCUGCUUGUGUUACAUUAACAUCUGAAUGCAUAAUUUUUAAUUUUACUAUAUAGUAUCAAGUUCUAAUAUGCAGUACCUCGAUUGCUCAUUGUCAGUUGGCGUUUGUAUCAACGCCAAUUGACACACAAUGUGCCCAGCCACAAGCGGCUUGGGGACAAAACCAGGUGGGUCCACUACGCAUUUGUGGGCAGCUGGGACAUUUUCGGGCAGACGACAAAGCGGGCAACAGAAAACAAAGAAACACACUGAUCCUGUUGGAGGGGUUGGAAAUCAUCCGAAGCUUAGGAUUCGUUUUCGCACCCAAAUUUCGGGUUUGGGCAAUUAAAUUCACUAUAAGUUGAGGUGACGUUUCGUCUAGCUUGCAUAUGGGCAAAAAACGGCUGACCGGAAGCGUCGGUUGAUAUCCAAAACUUCCAACAGAAUCAGAAUGUUUCUUUCUUUCUGUUGCCCGUAAAUGUCGACCCUGUUCGCAAAUGUCCCCAGCUGCCCGCAAAUGUCGGCUGCCCGCAAAGAGGUUGCCCGCAAGUGUCGCGACGCCAUUCGUGCAGACAUUUUUUCUUGGACUUUACAACAAAUAAAAAUUAGCAAAAAUUUUUAAUCGACAAAUCAAAAGAUUUUUAGACAUCUGAAUCUUACAUUUUUUGAAGAAAAUAUUAUGACGUGACUGUAGGAUUCAUUUUCAAUUCAGGAAUGUCCACAAAACGCGCAUGGAAAUUCAGUUGUUUUCACUGAUUACAAAACACAAACAUGGGUCUACACAGUGGAAGGGAGUACAAUCAACAAGCAAAGGAUUCCGUGUUACAGACGACAACAACUCAACAAAGACAGUUAUCUCAUAUUAGUCGAUCACGACGAAGAGCAUGCUGUAUUAAAGGUAACCCCAGUCCGAAACCCCGCUGAUUAAUUGAUGUUUUGUAGGCUUGUAAUAAUAAUUUGACAGAAUUUUUCAAAAUUACGUAAAAUUACCGUCAUUUUCGUCAUCUUGGCUAAAUUUUCUAGUAUACAAAGCUUUCACGCGCGAGUUUAACAUGGACUAUGAUGAAUACCGUUAAUAGGGGCAAUACACCUUGCGCCCUCUUAUUUGCUGAACUCUACCCUCUAAUCGUCCACCUUUCCCCUCUAAUUUGUGAAUGGCGCCCUCUAAUAUAGAUGCCCUCUAAUGGAAACUGAACUGUGCCCUCCGAAAAACUGAAUCGACGCCCUCUGAUUUGAUUUUCCCAAAAUGGUAUUGUUUCCUUACAUAGUAGUGUAAGAAUGCAGAGUAGUAGUGUUAAGUAGUAAUUUUUGAAAAUUUUGGUUGAGCUAUCGAUUUAUAGGUAAUUUGGGGUGCUGAUUUCGAAAAUGACAUUCAUUUUUCAUGAUUGUAACUUUUUUCUUAAAUAGUAGUGUUAAGUAGUAAUUUUUGAAAAUUUUGGUUGAGCUAUCGAUUUAUAGGUAAUUUGGGGUGCUGAUUUCGAAAAUGACAUUCAUUUUUUAUGAUUGUAACUUUUUUCUUAAAUAGUAGUGUUAGAUAGUAAUUUUUGAAAAAUUUGGGUGAGGUAUCGAUUCAUAGGUAAUUUGGGGUGCUGAAUUCGAAAAUGAAAUUCAUUUUUUAUGAUUGUAACUUUUUUCUUAAAUAGUAGUGUUAGAUAGUAAUUUUUGAAAAAUUUGGGUGAGGUAUCGAUUCAUAGGUAAUUUGGGGUGCUGAAUUCGAAAAUGACAUUCAUUUUUUAUGAUUGUAACUUUUUUCUUAAAUAGUAGUGUUAAGUAGCGAUUUUUGAAAAUUUUGGUUGAGCUAUCGAUUCAUAGGUAAUUUGGGGUGCUGAAUUCGAAAAUGAAAUUCAUUUUUUAUGAUUGUAACUUUUUUCUUAAAUAGUAGUGUUAGAUAGUAAUUUUUGAAAAAUUUGGGUGAGGUAUCGAUUCAUAGGUAAUUUGGGGUGCUGAAUUCGAAAAUGACAUUCAUUUUUUAUGAUUGUAACUUUUUUCUUAAAUAGUAGUGUUAAGUAGCGAUUUUUGAAAAUUUUGGUUGAGCUAUCGAUUCAUAGGUAAUUUGGGGUGCUGAAUUCGAAAAUGAAAUUCAUUUUUUAUGAUUGUAACUUUUUUCUUAAAUAGUAGUGUUAGAUAGUAAUUUUUGAAAAAUUUGGGUGAGGUAUCGAUUCAUAGGUAAUUUGGGGUGCUGAAUUCGAAAAUGACAUUCAUUUUUUAUGAUUGUAACUUUUUUCUUAAAUAGUAGUGUUAAGUAGUAAUUUUUGAAAAUUUUGGUUGAGCUAUCGAUUCAUAGGUAAUUUGAGGUGCCGAGUUCGAAAAUGACAUUCAUUUUUCACGAUUGUUACUUUUUCUUAAAUAGUAGUGUUAGGUAGUAAUUUUUGACGCUGCUGUCAAAUUGUUUAGCUUGGGAGAGCCUGCCUCUAGCCCAUCAUUGGGCGCGCCAAAAAUGGGCGCCAACACAAGUUCGGCAGAAAUUAUGCUGCUGUCAAAUUGUUCUUAAACAGUACUGUAAAGUAGUAACUUUGAGAUUUUUUGAAUUGGUAGGUUUUAUGGGUGCUUAUUCCAGAACGAGAUUCAUGAUGAGUUGUGCUGUAAAGUUGUGAUUUCUUUAUUUUUAUUUUUUUUAUGAAUAGUUAAGUGCAAGAUAUGUGUUAUUGUUGAUUCAAAAACUGUGUUCAGCUUCUGUAGUUUUUAUUUACCUCCAAUCUGAUGGCAGAAGAAUUUCUGCUCAAAAAUUUCUGUCAAACCUGGCAUAGCGGCAGGCUAUCCCAAGCCAAACAAUUUGAUCGCAGAAAAAUUUCUGUCAACCCCCGCCCAUUUUGGCGCGCUCGAUGAAGGACAGAAGCAAUACCGAUGAUGACCAGAAGUAAUGAUUGCAUGAGAAAAAAUCCUGUUGGAUAAUUGUCAGUCUAGCAUUUAUCACAAUAAAAACUUAAAAUAUUUUACAAAUAUUUUCAAUUCCUUCAGGUUCGUGUGAUAUCACCUAAAGCAAUAUCUGCCUAAUUGCAAUAAAUUGACAGAGAAAACGUUGAAACAGCAAAUAACUUGCGUAAAUUUAACUUAUUCUUGUACGGACAACGUUACAAACAAAAAUGGUACGAUGGGUUUUUUCUUUUUACGACAAAAAAUUGAAAAAAUAUAACUAUGUUGUCUAAAGAGAAGUAUUUUUAUAAUAAAUUUCGUAAAGUUUUUCUGCUAAUUUAAGUUCUUUGAGCAACUUCGUGCUAUUAUCCAACAGGAGUGUUUUCCAUGCGAUUAUUACCUCGAGUCAUCAACGGUAUUGCUUCUGCUCUUCAUCAAGCGCGCCAAAAUGGGCGGGGUUUGACAGAAAUUUUUCUGCUAUAAAAUUGUUUGGCUUGGGAUAGCCUGCCGCAAUGCCAGGUUUGACAGAAAAUUCUGAGCAAAAAUUCUUCUGCCAACAGAUUGGAGGUGAAUAAAAACUACAGAACAUGAACACAGUUUUUGAAUCAACAAUGACACAUACCUUGCACUUAAAUAACUAUUCAUCAAAAAAUAAAAUAAAAACGAAAUCACAACUUUACAGCACAACUCAAUUCUGGACCCCAAAUUACCUAUAAAUCGAUACCUCACCCAAAUUUUUCAAAAAUUACUAUCUAACACUACUAUUUAAGAAAAAAGUUACAAUCAUGAAAAAUGAAUGUCAUUUUCGAAUUCAGCACCCCAAAUUACCUAUAAAUCGAUAGCUCAACCAAAAUUUUCAAAAAUUACUACUUAACACUACUAUUUAAGAAAAAAGUUACAAUCAUAAAAAAUGAAUGUCAUUUUCGAAUUCAGCACCCCAAAUUACCUAUAAACCGAUAGCUCAACCAACAUUUUCAAAAAUUACUACUUAACACUACUAUUUAAGAAAAAAGUUACAAUCAUGAAAAAUGAAUGUCAUUUUCGAAAUCAGCACCCCAAAUUACCUAUAAAUCGAUAGCUCAACCAAAAUUUUCAAAAAUUACUACUUAACACUACUAUUUAAGAAAAAAGUUACAAUCAUGAAAAAUGAAUGUCAUUUUCGAAAUCAGCACCCCAAAUUACCUAUAAAUCGAUAGCUCAACCAAAAUUUUCAAAAAUUACUACUUAACACUACUACUCUGCAUUCUUACACUACUAUGUAAGGAAACAAUACCAUUUUGGGAAAAUCAAAUCAGAGGGCGUCGAUUCAGUUUUUCAGAGGGCACAGUUCAGUUUCGAUUAGAGGGCAUCUAUAUUAGAGGGCGCCAUUCACAAAUUAGAGGGGAAAGGUGGACGAUUAGAGGGUAAAGUUUAGCAAAUAAGAGGGCGCCCAUUUGAUCGUCCCCGUUAAUAGUAGCCGCAACUUGUUUUAUUGCUUGUUUCAUCGGUCAUUUUGUCAAUAAGUGGAAUUUUAUUUAGUUUUUAAAAAUCUUAAAUUCACGAUUUUUUUCGCACAAAUCUACAAAAAUUUUCCAAAAAAGUUGAAUUUGACAAUCAAAAUGAAAGAACCGUAUGACAUGAUGAAAACGACGGCUAUUUGACAGCGUGACUGACGCGCCAACUUUGAAACAACCAUAAUUUUUUGUUAAAAAUUUUGCUUAACAACAUAAAGUUUAGGUCGUUUGUUUGAUUGACAACACUCCCGUGGAAUGGUACGUACAGCAUUGCGACAAAUUAUGUGUCUUCCGGCGCUUGGGAGACAAUAUAUUUUAUGUCCUCGAGCAAAGCAAACGCUGGAUUUGGUACAAAGAAAGUAAUUCCGGUAAGGGUUAUCUCGGUUAACAGGAGAAGUACUAAAAGUGCGACGCUCAGCUUUUCACUGCACUUGACACAAAUUUAAAUGAAUUUUUUUACCAAUCCAAGACUCCUAGCUCGCACUUUGCAAAAACGGCCGAUAUUUUUAGAUCAAAAAUGUUAAAACACGAUUUCUGAGUCACUGUAUAUAAAGGUGGUCAUAUAAGAUCUCGGAUUUUUUUUUCCAAAUCGCGAUUUUCGGUGCACAAAAAAGUCGACGCCCAAAUCGAAAAAUUGGCGUCGACUUAUUUUUUUCUCGGCACCGAAUUCUGAAAUUCGGUAAAUUUUUAGUUUUUCGAAAUCAGUGCACAAAGUCUUAAGUCUGCACACCGAAGACUUAAGUGCUUAAGUCAGCACCGCAUUUCGGAAUUCGAUGCUGAAAAAAUUAAGUCGACGCCAAUUUUUCGAUUUGGGCGUCGACUUUUUUGUGCACCGAAAAUCGCGAUUUGGGAAAAAAAAUUCCGAGGUCUUAUAUGACCACCUUUAUAUCAGCCGUGGACAUAGGAAAAAAUCGAUCAACAAGUAUGCAUCGCAAAUGAUUGAAAUCAGUAGUGUAUAGGUUUUGGCACCUUGUGAUUACAAUGGAAGUCGAUUUUUGACGUUUGGGUUACUGUAACAUAGCGAAACCGUUGUUCCCCGUAUUCCAAUUUUCGUAGUAUAGUGGAUUUUGUCAAAAUUUGUAAUCCGAAGGUCCCGGGUUCGGUUCCCACAGGACGAAAAAUUUGAAAAACUGCGGAAAACUUUAAGAAAACAAUUAGUAUAGGUCAGUUAGGAAUAUUCAAGCCAUGCAUGACUAUAUCCAAGGCGAUAAUAUAAAUUUUAAAGCAUUUUUUGAAGGUAAAAUCAUUAUUUUGCUUUCAGUGGACUUUCGAACAAAGUCAGUUGAUGAAAAUCGGUAAAAGUGAAAUAUGUGAAGUUUUCAAGCAUACUGAAUUUAACGAAAGGGUUUUUUUUCAAAACCAAGAUUACUGUAAAAUAGAAAAAUAUGGCUUCGGCCGCUAAAAAUCGGCCGUAAAAUUUUUAUUUCUUAACGUACGCUGUUAGUAAUUGAAUUUUCGGAAUCAGCGUAAAAUUAGGCACAACCAAGCAACGAUCUUUUAUGCACUAAGCUUUAUUUUGUGAGAAAUAACUUUUCAAUUUGAAAAUUGUAAAUAAAACUGUGUUAACGAGAGAGUUAGAGAAAAAUAGUUUAAGGGCAAACUUCAGCCAUGAAUUUGAUUGAUUUCAGGCCAAAAACUCAAAAAAAAUUUUUUUAAUUUUUGUGCAAGAUUUAUGAUCUUGGAACUUUCGAUGCAAGUGUAGAAAAGUUGUGAAAUGCAAAAAAUGGAGUUCAAAUACGGUAAAAGAUAUCUUCCUAUGUCCACGCCUAACCGGCAGCUGAUUCAGUGACUCAGAAAUCGUGUUCUAAAAAUUUGCCAUCUUUUAGCCAAUUUCGGUAUAAAGUGUUUCUUGCCUACCGUAGAGGAAAAUGUUUCCAGAAAAAAUUAAUCUUUUCCAUGCGAAACCGGAAAAUUUACGGCCAAACGUAUGUUUAUCUCUGAGCGCACUUCGCCUUUAACGUGCUCUCUCGGCUGAAGAAAUCGUUGAAUAUAAAGGUGGUCACUUUUUUCGCACUGAAAAUCGCAAUUUGGGCAAAGAAUUUCAAGGAUUUCCAUGAUCAGCUUAAUAUACUAAUUUAGCGCCUCCAAUUCUGCUACAUACUGACGACAGAGCGACAAAAUUAAUCGACCACAAGUCCCGUAUAUGUUUUCGAUCAAUACCAGAAAGUCAAUAA